AUGGAAGUUGCGGUGAAGUCAGUGGAGAAUGUGAAACCAUCAUGUCCAUCACAGCUGAAGCCAUUCAAGCUCUGCCUUCUCGACCAGAUGAUGGGCAGAGGUUACAUUGGGCUCGUCCUCUUCUACCCGCCGACGCCGGCCGACGGCGAAAAGGAGACGGUGGAAGCUGGCGGCGGUGAUCAGAAAGUGGAGAAGCUCAAAGCCUCGCUGUCCAAAACCCUAAACUCCUUCUACCCGCUGGCCGGGAGGGUGAAGGACAACGCGCGGGUCGAGGAUUUCGAAGCUGGCGUCCCAUUCGUGGUGUCUCGAGUGAAGGGAUACGACACCGUUUCAGAGUUUCUCAAAUCUCCAAACUUAGAAGUCCUCAACAAGUUCCUCCCCGUGGAGCCUUUCUGCCUUCCCAACGCACACCACGUGCCACUACUUCCCCCGCCGUUGCUCGUCCAAGUCAACACGUUUGACUGCGGCGGGGUUGCCGUCGGCCUGUGCUUGAACCACAAGCUCGCUGACGGUGUCGCUACCAGCUCCUUUCUCAGGAGCUGGUCAGCACACUGCAACCACAACAACAACACGAAUCAUGAUCAUGAUUCGAUAAUAACAUCUCAAGGUUCUUCUGUUUUCCCUCCUCGAGAAUCGAUGCCUCCUCACGUGGAGCGACUGCACGACAAGAUGUUUCUCGAGGAGGGGAAAAAUACUGCCACGAGGAGAUUCGUGUUCGAUGCGAACGCGGUAGCCUCAAUCAAAGCAGAUGCCAGAACCAGUUGCCAGGUUCUCGAGAAUCCAUCUCGAACCGAAGCGAUGCUAGCCUUCAUAUGGAAAUCCAUCAUGACAGCAGCGAUUUCGACCAGCCCUAGCCCUCCUCCCCCGUCGCAGUUUCUUAUGCAACCGGUCAAUGUGAGGCCUCGAAUGAAUCUUUCGGAGGAAUGCUUCGGGAACCUCUUCUGCAUGGCGAUGGCAUACUCGAGCGAUCCUCCAAAUCAGCAGGUGGGUGAGCUAGCUCAACUCAUAAGGGCAGGAGUGAGCAUGGUGGACCACAAGUUUCUUAAAGCACUAUCCAGCGACGAUGGGUUCGAAGCCAUGGUCGAGAUGCUAAAUCAGUUGAGUGAGGUCAGCCAGCCUCAGAUGCUGUGCGGGUCUAGUUGGCUAAGGUUUUGCUUUGACGAAGUCGAUUUUGGGUGGGGGAAGCCGGCAUGGACCGGUGUCCUUGGGGAGGCUAGCGCCGACUACCCUUCAUACAGCAACUUAAUCAUUCUGAAGGAGCACUUGGCGCACCGCCAAGAUGCCGCCGGCGUAGAGGCUUGGAUCAGGUUGGAUGUGGAUGUGAUGGCUACUCUUGAACAUGAUCCUCACUUCUUGCAAUUUGCUUCCCCCAAUCCUCCUAUCUUUUGCUCCUCAUCAUGA